AUGGACGCCGUUCUUCGCCAGUCCAAGGCCGUGUGCCCCUUCCUCAAGAAGGCCUCGCCGGCUACGCUCCGCGCUCUCUCGACCGCCUCCCGCCAGCAGGCUGCCCCCGAGGCAUCCUCGGCUCUGAUUGCUGCAUCCCCCUGCGGCGGCGCCCUAUCGAAACUGCAGCUGCUCGCAGGCCGCUGCCCCGUCAUGGGCAAGGCUAUGGCCGUCCAGGCCACCCGCAUUGGCACUAGCCGUGUUGCUGCCAGCAGCAGCAUGGGCUACCGCGGUGUGGCAGCCUCGCUCUCGGCGGCCUUCUCGAUGUCUGCCGUCGCUUCGGCCCCUGCUGCCCGCGCCCACGGCCUCCACGGCUCUGCCGCCCGCACUUGCCCCCACGCGGCGUCGGCAACUGCUUCAACUGCUUCAUCGGCUCCGCGUACGGCCCGUCUCCAUACCAGCCGUUCCCAGGAGGCCAGAGCCGUUGACGGCCACGUUUUCAAUGACAAGCGCAUUCCCGCCGGCAUCCCCGGCGCCGACAAGGUGUCCAAGGCCGCCAAGACCGCCGUCGCUGCGGGCAAGGCCUCCACCACGCCUGGCUUCGCCGCGGCGCCGGCCAUGGCGCAGACCAAGUUCGACUACGAGGGCUUCUACGAGGCCGAGCUGGACAAGAAGCACAAGGACAAGUCGUACCGCUACUUCAACAACAUCAACCGCCUCGCCAAGGACUUCCCCCGUGCCCACAUGGCCGACAAGGAGGAUCGCGUUACCGUCUGGUGCGCCAACGAUUACCUCGGUAUGGGCAGCAACCCUCAGGUCCUGCAGACGAUGCACGAGACCCUCGACGAGUACGGUGCCGGUGCCGGUGGCACCCGCAACAUCUCGGGCCACAACCGCCACGCCGUCCACCUGGAGGAGACGGUCGCACGCCUGCACGCCAAGGAGUCGGCGCUGGUCUUUAGCUCGUGCUACGUCGCCAACGAUGCCACGCUGGCCACGCUCGGCAGCCGCAUGCCCGGCUGCGUGAUCCUGUCGGACAGCCUCAACCACGCGUCCAUGAUCCAGGGCAUCCGCCACUCGGGCACCCAAAAGAUUGUGUUCCGCCACAACGACGUUGAGGACCUCGAGGCCAAGCUGGCCGCCCUGCCCCUCAACGUCCCCAAGAUUAUUGCUUUCGAGUCCGUCUACAGCAUGUGCGGCUCCAUUGGCCCGAUUGAGGCCAUCUGCGACCUCGCCGACAAGUACGGCGCUCUGACCUUUUUGGAUGAGGUCCAUGCCGUCGGCAUGUACGGACCAAACGGCGCCGGCGUCGCCGAGCACCUCGAUUUUGACGCCCACGUCCAGGGCCGUCCCAGCGGCACCCUCAUGGACCGCAUUGACAUUAUCACUGGCACGCUCGGCAAGGCCUACGGCUGCGUCGGCGGCUACAUUGCGGGCAGCGCCCAGCUGGUGGACAUGAUCCGCUCGCUCGCGCCCGGCUUCAUCUUCACCACGUCCUUGCCCCCUGCGACCAUGGCCGGCGCCCGCACCGCCAUUGAGUACCAGAUGAACUACGCCGGCGACCGCCGCCUGCAGCAGCUGCACACCCGCGCCGUCAAGGAGAGCCUGGCCGCGCGCGACAUCCCCGUCAUUCCCAACCCGUCGCACAUUGUUCCCCUUCUCGUGGGCGACGCCGAGGUCGCCAAGCAGGCCUCGGACAUGCUGCUGCGCGACCACCAGAUCUAUGUGCAGUCCAUCAACUACCCCACCGUCCCCGUCGGCCAGGAGCGCCUGCGCAUCACGCCCACGCCGGGCCACGUCAAGGAGUUCCGCGACCGCCUUGUCCACGCCGUCGACUCCAUCUGGACCGAGCUGGGCAUCCGCCGCACGUCGGACUGGGCCCGCCAGGUGCCCGGUGGUUUCCUGGGCGUUGGCGCGCCGCCCGCCGCCGAGAACAGCCCGCUCUGGACCGACGAGCAGCUGGGUAUCACCCAGGCCGUCCGUGCGCUGCAGCAGCAGGACAGCCACAAGGACAAUGGUCUGACGGAGGCGCUCCUGGCCCAGGAGAAGCUGUCGCCCGUUGCUGCGACGGCCUAA